AUGUGGCAUGCUGCAGUUGCUGAGGACCUGAAGCCGGAGAAUCUUCUCCUCGACGAGCACAAGCGCAUAAAGAUUGUGGACUUCGGGCUGAGUAAUCGCUUCGACGACAACCAGCUUCUGAAGACAGCCUGCGGGUCUCACUGCUACGCACCACCCGAAAUGUUGUCACGGCAGAGCUAUGUGCCACAGAUGUGCGAUUUGUGGAGUUGUGGGGUCACGCUCUUCGUUAUGGUGUGUGGCUCCCUCCCAUUUGAGGACACAGACGGUCAUACACUCUCAAAGAAGAUCGUAGCAGGAAACUACACACCACCGGCUUUCAUCACAGACACCGUGAAGGACCUCAUUGCCGGACUUCUCACUGUGGAUCCUGCCAAGCGCUUCACCAUUGCCGAUGUGCGGGCCCACGAGUCGUACCGCCAGAUCCCUGAGGCCUCUGUUCGGCCACGUGAUCUCGUCUCAGGACAAUGUGGCCUCGAGGAGGAUGUACUCCAGGAGCUGAAAUGCCAUGGUCCGGAUCCUACUCGAUUUCAGAAGUUGAGCUAA